CACUGAUGGGCACAAGUGGGUGGCACUGCUGGGCACAGGUAGGUGGCACUGCUGAGCACAUGUGUGUGGCACUGCUGGGCACUGGUGGGUGGCACUGGUGGGCACAGGUGGGUGACACUGCUGGGCACAGGUGGGCGGCACUGCUGGGCACAGGUGGGCGGAGCUGGUGGGUGGCACUGCUGGGCACUGAUCAUCAGGGCACUGAUGAUCAGUGCCCUGAUGAUUGGUGCCGAUCCCUGCUCUGACAACUGCCAGUUCUCGGCAGUACUUUCCUCACGCUCUGACAGCGUGAGGAAAGUGCAGCCGAGAACCGGCAAUUGCAUUUCCCUGUGAUCACAAUCACGGAGAUUGCUGGGGGCGUGCAGGAGAGCGC